AAAUAUAAUUUGUUGCUUCAUUUAAUAGAUAUUAUAAAAUUUUAAACAUACUUAACGAUUUUAUAGAUAAGUCUGUGUUAAACAAAUUCUUCAAGAUUCUGGGUACAAACCUGUAUAAAAGUGUCAAGGCUUUCAGAAAGAAGAUAUGACAAACGAAGAGCAUUUAAACGGAAAGAUUUUCGAUAUGAGUAAUGGUGUAGAAUCUAAUGGAUACAGUCGACCAGAAACUUAUGGAUCUGUUGAUGUAAGCAAUGGUAAAAGUGGAAUGAUGAUGGAUAAUGGAUCGUAUGUUUAUAAUGGUGAGAAAACAGCUCACGAAAAUAUCGACAUAAGUUUGGCGGCAAAUUACCGAGGAAAAUCCAGGAUAACAUGGCGAUUAUGUCUGGCAGUCAUUUCAGCAAUUAUGGGUUCGGUAGUGUUCGGUUACAAUACAGGAGUUAUCAACGCCCCAGAAACGCAAAUCAAGGCUUUCCUUAACUCCACACAUUAUGAGAGAUCAAGAGAUCAGAUGUCGAACGCAACAAUUACUUCCCUUUAUGCACUGAUUGUGGCAAUCUUUGCUGUGGGUGGUAUGGUGGGCGGGCUAGCAGCUGGUUGGUGGGCGAACUUCUUUGGCAGAAAGUUUGGAAUGAUCUUCAAUAGUAUUAUUGGAAUAGCGGCGUGUAUUUUGAUGUAUCUUAGCAGAACAGCCAUGUCAUACGAAAUGAUAAUCGCCGGCAGGCUUUUGGUCGGUAUUUCGUCGGGAUUAUAUACUGGUCUUACACCGAUGUACCUGUCAGAAAUAUCAUCCCCGAACACCCGUGGAGCACUUGGCACCUUACACCAGAUAGGCGUGGUCACAGGCAUUCUGGUAUCUCAGAUACUUGGUUUUCCAGAAAUCCUGGGAAAUUCCGAUUAUUGGAAUCUCCUAUUAGGUUUAGGUGUUGCCCCUUGCGUUAUACAGAUGAUGACCAUGCCGUUUUGUCCCGAGAGUCCAAGAUUUCUUCUCAUUUCUAAGAAAAGAGAACAUCAAGCUAGAAAAGCUCUUGAAAUAUUCCGUGGGACAUCAAAUGUUGAUUUUGACAUUGAAGAAAUGAAAUCUGAAAGUAAAACCGUUACGGAGGAAGAUUCUGUUAGCAUCAUUGGUUUGUUCAGGAGGAGAUCACUAAGAAGAGCAUUGUUAAUCAGCGUGAUCAUGCAGCUCUCUCAACAACUGUCUGGUAUCAAUGCUAUUUUUUACUACUCGUUUAACCUAUUCAAACGCGCUGGUUUAUCAGAAACGACGGCUGCGCACGCAACUUCCGGUGUAGGAGGUACAAUGAUUGUCAUGACGGUUGUAUCAGUGCCUUUGAUGGACCGGGUAGGCAGACGGACAUUACAUCUAUUAGGUCUCGGCACCAUGUUCAUAUUCACAAUUCUGAUCACAUUGUCACUUUCUCUUACGUAUUUAGCAUCUUGGUUGAAGAUUGCCAACAUCAUAGUGUCACUGUUGUAUGUCGUGGGCUUUGCCAUCGGUCCUGGUUCGAUACCCUGGCUUAUUGUUUCAGAACUAUUUUCUCAAGGAGCUCGUCCUGCGGCUAUGAGCGUUUCGGUUGUUGUAAAUUGGGCGGCUAAUUUCGCCGUUGCCUACGCCUUUCCAUAUAUGCAGAGCGGGCUUUCCGAUUUCUCUUUUCUUCCGUUUACGGCGUUACUUGGUAUUUUCUUCUUAUUUACUUUGAAAUUUGUUCCUGAGACAAAGAACCGAACAAUUGAAGAAAUAUUACAAAGUUUGAACAAGCAAAAUGAAUCAACAACAACAACGAGAGGAACUUAUGAAGAAAACAUUUAUACCACAGACAAAGAUAUCAAUGUUAAGUUUUAAAAUCUAUGAACCAAUCAAUUAACAUUUACCUGUUUCUAAAUGUAUGUAGAUACUAGAGAUUGUCGCGACAUUGAAUUUCAUAGUUUUGUUGAUUUUUGUACUAGAUUCUGAAAAGAAUCGGCCAUUUCCAUGAAAAUCCGUGAGUCCCAUUUUAUUUUAAUAUUAAAAUGAUUAUGACAAAAAUCGUCGAACCUCACGUGACAAUAUCACGUGACUAUUGGUUAACAGGAAAUGUUGGAUCGUCAUAGCACGAUAUUCAUCCGAUAAUGACAGUGUCUAACUGGUACAGUAUGGCACAAUGUUUAUAUAACUACUACAUGGUAUAUGUCAAGUUCCUUAACUGCCACAGUGUCUAACUUCUAUAUCUCACCGUGUCUAAAUGAUAUAUAUUUGACACAAUGAUUGACUGUAACAAUCAAAUUUGUACAUAGCAAAAUAUGUAAUAACAGCAGGCCACUGUGUCUAACCAGUAUACAUGUAGGUCACGUUUUUUAACUGGUAUAGGACUUCUGAAUAUAUACGAUGUUCAUAGAUUCCAGUUCAAUUUUGCAAUCGUAUCUACCAAGAAUGAAUAAAUUAAUUUUA